CCGCUACGCCUCGUACUUAUACUUGUGUGUGAAACAACAAUAGGGAUGUCGAAAGAACGACAUUUUAAAUAUUCUUGGACGAAUACAAGUUGAUGAUCUAUCUUCCCACAGUAUAAGAAUGUCCAAGAAGGUCCUAAAGGGGACAUAGCGGUGGAAAAGACUUGUUGUGUAAAGGAUCUACCAGGGACAUGGAACAGCUAGCGGAUGUCCUAAGGAAUGUCACAAGGGUACUUGGGGGUGGGAAAGUAWAUUGUAGGAACAAGGGAAAGUUAGAAAAUGCUCCAGGUGGUCCACAAGGGGACUUGGGGAUGCUAACGACACUUGUAGUGUAAAGGAUCGACCAAGGACAUGGGACCGCUAGCGGAUGUCCCAGACGGUCCGCAAGGGUACUUGGGGAUGGGAAAGACUUGUAGCGUAGGCCAGGGACAAGGGAAAGUUAGGAAAUGCCCCAGAUGGUCCACAAGAGGAAUUGGGGAUGGUAAAGACACUUGUAGGUUGGAGCGUCGACAUGGGAAACGAGAAUGCAGAGGCACCAACACACAUACAAUAACAUCCAGCAAAAACGAGAAUCUAAAGAAAGCUUGGAAAGUCGACAUCAACCCUUACUUCACAGGAGAAAAGGAAUUAGAAAGAAUAAGUUUUUAUAACACAGGAAAGCAGAGCAAGGCUCCAUCCGUUUACGACAGGACUUUUCAUAUCGAAGAGGGCUACUACAGUAAACUCAAACGUGAUGACCGUCAAACAAGACUAGCUCUCAAUGUUUAUGACGAAGAGAAAAACAAGACCGUUCCRACUCUCUCGUCAUCUCAAUACGGUCGACGUCCGCCGCUGGAAGCUCCAUCACGGAGAUACGUGCGUGUCUCGACAGUGAAGCGUGAUUUUUACCGUGAAAGCGGCGCAAAUAUAACGGGAAACACAUAAAAAUAAAUCGGCUGUGUCCUUAAGCUCAUGUCUGUUAAAUAUAAUUAAAUAAAAUGAMCUUUAUUGACUAUGCAAACUCUAUUAAUUUAUUUCUAAAAAAA